GGAUAUCCUAUCCAGACUAUAUACAUCAUGUGUCCAACCGUGUGAAUGACCUUAAACCCUCCAUCCAUACUCUAGAGACUGCCAACCGGCAACCCACCUCCAGCAUGAUAGCUGUACCAAAGAUUAUCCCCAAUUGUGCCCGGUUCCAUAUCAUAUUGAUCAAAAGAGUUACUCCUAUGCUCCUCUACCCGAUCUCUCAACACAUCCCAAUCCUGACACAUCUUCAUUCGCAUGCAACCAUCGACUCUAUAGCCACUGAUAUACCAAAAUGCGCAAUCCAGAUUACACAUGAUAUAUUAACGAAGAGAAUUAAAACGACAAUAACCGUGCCAAUCUCAGGACAUCGCCAAUAUUCUGCAAUGAAGAUGGAGCCUUGGACCAAAUCAGCGAUUUGCACCUUUGGAUUUCCCAGCGGGGUUGAAACUCACGAAACUCGUAUGGCAUGGCAUGGUACGUUUCGACAAGUUAUACACACUUGGCUUUUCUCCGCCUCAAGCAAGGAGCACAAGUGGUGGCUCGAUAGCAUCGAUCACAAAAUCACUCCCGAGGUAAGCUGGCCCAUAUCAAGAAUGAAAGACCCUUAGACUAACGGGACUGAACAGUGUCGUAAACUUCUCGAGGAGUAUAGCAAGAUCCCACCCGAGGACGUUCGUCAACACAUAUAUGACAUUCGUGAAAAGGCAUGGGCAAUUCGCCCAUACCCGUGCACAGGUUUGGGUCGCUUCCUUGAUAAUCUUCUCGCUCAGUCGCCAGCGUACAAAGAUAUUGUUGCCCGACUCAAGGGCGGAGACUCAUUCAUAGAUAUUGGAUGCUUCCUCGGCCAAGAAUUACGUCAAUUGGUGUGGGACCUCAAUGGUGCGCCUACAGAUCAGCUCCAUGCCGUGGGCAUUGUCAAUCAUUGGGGCUUGGGUUAUGAAUUUUUUUCGUGACAAGGAUACUUUUAAAGUUGAUUUUUUUGAAGACGAUAUGUUGCAACCGCGCGAAAAGUUGUAGGCGUUGUGCGGAACGAUAGAUGUUAUUUUGGUGAACUGGGUUUUCCAUCAGUGGAGUUUAGAGAACUGGAUCGAGGCUGGUGACUUGGGAGCAACUCGGUAAUGAUCCUAAAGAGACUGCACAUAUGGGAACAGAUGUGUUGAUGUUGGAAUUCGUUAUUACUAGGGAGUAAUUUGA